AUGCCACCCAAGCCAAAAGCCAGCUCCAAGGCCCCAAAUCCCGAGCCAAAAGCUGCUCCAGAAUCUCCCCCAGACACCAUCGCCCAACGCUCGCAGCAGCACUUCUUCCAGACAAAUCCCGUCGAGAAACGCCGUCAGCAAGUUGGUCUCUCGUCUCUGACUCCCGCUGAGAAGAAGACAUACGCACACGUUCACCUCAUCCAUCCCGUUGUUAACCGCCGCGUGCCUUUCGCCAACAAAACAGAGCGCGAGUUCUGGAAGUUCGUUACCAAAGAAGGCCUUCCCAUCCGCAGACUCCCUCGCGACUACGCCUGGGGAAAAGACCGCUCCGGCAGGGAUAUCGGUACCUACUCACCCGACGAGCUUGAACAGCGCACACUUAAGCACUCCAAGCUCACAUCGCUGCAAAUCCAACACCGCCAGUUCCUCAAGAAGCGAGAACUGCAGAACGAAGUAUCCACCGAGGAGAUCAACGCCGAAAAGACGAGGAGAAAAGCCAUGGCUGCGCUCAAGAGGGAUUUGUACGGCGAGAUCACGGGUUCUCUGGCACAGGACCCCGAAUGGGACGAUGUCAUUCCCAUUCCGCAGAACGAACCCGAGGGCGCCCUCGCGCAGAUUGCCUACCCGGACGACUAUGCCGAGGCCGUCUCCUACCUCCGCGCUGUGAUGGCAGCAGAUGAGUGCUCCCCACGAAGUCUACGUCUCACUGAGCACGUCAUCUCCAUGAACCCAGCACACUACACCGUCUGGCUGUUCCGCUUCAAGAUUAUUUCUGUUCUCAAGCUCAGCAUUCCCGAUGAGAUCAACUGGUUGAACGAGGUGGCACUGGCGAAUCUGAAGAACUACCAAAUUUGGAACCAUCGACAACUCCUCAUGGAUUACUACUACCCUCUGAUUGAGGAGGAUAGUCAGACAGUGCGUAAGCUUGCUCGAUCGGAGACCCAGUUUAUCACCACUAUGUUGGAAGAGGAUGCCAAGAACUAUCAUGUUUGGUCGUAUCGCCAGUAUCUCGUCUCCAAGCUGUCCAUGUGGACUAUGAGCGAGCUUCUCUCUACGCAGAACCACAUUGAGGAAGAUGUGCGAAACAACUCAGCCUGGUCGCACCGCUUCUACCUGGUCUUUUCAGACCCAACAGCCUCCACGCCUAGUUCAGGGCCUACAGAAGCAGACCCUCGCGUUCCAGCCGAAACGCUUGAUCGUGAGAUCAACUACUCCAAAGAAAAGAUCAGUCUCGCACCACAGAACCAGUCUCCAUGGAACUAUCUCUUUGCGGUACUGGCCAAGGGUUCUCGGCCUCUGUCCUCCCUCAAGGACUUUGCCGAAGGCUUUGUUAGCGCACUUGGUGAUGAGGCAGAGGAAGUGCGAAGCUCUCACGCGCUUGAUUUCUUGGCCAAAUUGUACGAUGAAGAAGGUGACAAGGAGAAGGCUGAGCUUUGUCUGCGACGUCUAGGUGAGAAGUGGGAUCCUGUGCGAGAGGGAUAUUGGAAGUAUAGAGUAGCGCUGCUGAAGGGCGGCGAGGGCUCAAAGGAAUAG